GUCACUCACUGGUAACCCACUCACCAGCUGUAUGAGUGAUGUCUGAUGGCUAAUGUUGUAUUUUGCUAAAAUCAUAAUAUUCCGAAAAUAUACUCAUUCUUCUGUAAGAAAAAAAUUCAACUAGCAAAACUAAAAUUAACAAUGUAAAUGAUGACUUUUUCAAAUUACCCAUGGUAGAAAUAUUUUUACAAAAAAGUUUUGUUUCGAGACUAGUCUUAGAAAAAUCAAUGCCAAUGAAAAUUUAAAUAAUUACGUUAACCUUUAUACAUAAAUAUGAGUUUUAGACCGUACUUAGGUAAAGCUUCAGCUGUAAUAGGUUAUGUAUUACAGACAGCCUGCAUUACUCAUUGCAUCAUAGAAUAUGUGGGUGAUUUUGUAUUGUGUACUGGUCCAUCCAUGGAGCCUACCUUAGAAACGAAUAAUAUUCUUUUUACUGAACAUAUAACACCAAGACUGCAACGGUUACGACGUGGAGACAUAAUCACAGCUAAGUGUCCCACAGAUCCGAAACAGAACAUUUGUAAAAGAAUAACAGGCUUGCCUGGUGAUAAAGUGAAGGGUUAUUUUCCUAGAGGGAGUCAAGUGGUCCCGAGAGGACAUGUCUGGUUAGAAGGUGACAAUUCGGAUAAUUCUAAAGAUUCGAGAAUGUAUGGUCCAGUUCCACAGGGUUUAAUACGUGGUAGAGUAGUCUGUAGAGUGUGGCCGUUAAAUAAAAUGAGUUUGUUGACUGAACACUAGUAUAUCCUCCAUUAUUUUUCUUAAGUAAAUGAUAUUGUUGUUUUGAAUUAGAUUGAUCUAUAUUAGUUCUGUAAUUGUAAAUAAAGGUUGAUAACUUAUAUACAA